AUGGAGGCGUUAGUGGCCGCCAUAGACCAGGGCACCAGCUCGACCCGGUUCCUGGUGUUCAAUGCACGCACAGCAGAAGUGGUGGCUCAUCACCAGGUGGAGAUCACACAGAGCUUCCCCAGAGAAGGCUGGGUGGAGGAGGACCCCAAGGAGAUCAUGCAGUCGGUGUACCAGGUCAUGCAGUCGACCUGUGAGAAGCUGCAGGAGCUCAGAGUGGACCUCUCCAGGAUCAAAGCCGUUGGAGUUACCAACCAGAGAGAGACCACUGUGGUGUGGGACAAGGAGACCGGGGAGCCCCUCUACAACGCCAUCGUGUGGCUGGACCUACGCACUCAGUCCACUGUGGAGAGCCUCAUCAGCAAAGCACCUGGGAGAAACAAGAACCACCUGAAGCACAUGACGGGGCUCCCCAUCAGCACCUACUUCAGUGCAGUAAAGCUCCGCUGGCUCCUGGACCAUGUGGAGGAGGUGAAGAGAGCAGUGGAGCGAGGCAGAGCCAUGUUCGGGACUGUGGACUCCUGGAUCAUCUGGUGUCUGACCGGAGGACGUCAUGGAGGCGUCCACUGCACAGACGUGACCAACGCCAGCCGCACCAUGCUCUUCAACAUCCACUCUCUCAGUUGGGACCAGGAUCUCUGCAGGUACUUUGACGUUCCCAUGGAGAUACUGCCCACAGUCCGUACCUCGUCUGAGAUCUACGGCCACAUGAGCGCUGGUCCUCUGGCUGGAGUGCCCAUCUCUGGGUGUCUGGGAGACCAAUCUGCGGCGCUGGUGGGUCAGAUGUGCUUCAGCGACGGCCAGGCCAAGAACACGUAUGGGACCGGCUGCUUUCUGCUCCGGAACACUGGGACUAAGUCCGUGAUGUCGGAGCACGGCCUUCUCACCACAGUGGCCUACAAACUGGGCCGGAACCAGCCCACCUACUACGCUCUGGAGGGCUCUGUGGCCAUGGCAGGAGGAGUGGUGCGCUGGCUCCGGGACAACAUGGGCAUGGUGCAGUCUGCGGAUGACAUCGAAAAGCUGGCAGCGUCUGUAGGAACCUCCCACGGCUGCUACUUUGUACCGGCGUUCUCCGGACUCUAUGCUCCGUACUGGGAGCCCAGUGCCAGAGGGAUCAUCUGUGGCCUCACACAGUUCACCAACAGAAACCACUUGGCCUUCGCGGCUCUGGAGGCCGUCUGCUUCCAAACCAGAGAGAUCGUAGAUGCCAUGAACCUGGACAGUGGGGGGGAGCUGAGUCUGCUGCAGGUGGAUGGAGGCAUGUCCUGUAACAGUCUCCUCAUGCAGCUGCAGGCGGACAUCCUGUGCACUCCUGUGGUGAGGCCCUGUAUGGCAGAGACCACGGCGCUGGGGGCAGCUAUGGCGGCGGGAGCAGCCGAGGGGGUGCAGGUGUGGAGCCUGAGGCCAGAGGAGCUGCCACACAUCCAGACAGACACAUACACACCCAGGAUCAACACACAAGAGAGCGAGUUCCGUUUUGCUCGGUGGAAGAAGGCUGUGCAGAAGGCCAUGAACUGGGAGACCACUGAGCCCGGCUGCCACAGCAACGGUGACCAGCUGCAGCAGAGACCUCAGUCCUGA